AUGGCAACAAGUAACGAUGAAAUAAGUGAAGGUUUGUAUAAUAUUGAUUCAUGGAGUUUAUUUGAUAGUCAUUUGGGAUCUUAUGUUAUGUCUCCAUUACAAUUACGUUAUGUUAGUUCAAAAACUUCAAUUAUUGGACGAGCAUUACGUCAAGGUAUUAUUGAUUUACAUGAUAAUAUAACAAAAAAACUAAAUGAACAAAUAGAAAAUAACACAAGUGUUAUUGGUACUGAACAUCGUUUAUGUCAUUCACGUAAUUAUACAUUAAAAAUUCAAGAAGAUAAUAUUGAAUCUUCUGUAUUAAAUGAUGAUGAUGAUGAUAAUAAAAUUGAUUUUGAAAUAAAUUCAUUAGCACCAACUAUUUUUUAUCAAUUACGUAAAGAUAUUGGUAUAUCAAAUGAAAAUUUUCGUCAAUCAUUUUGUGAACAUAAUUUAAAAGAUUUUACAAAUCCUGGUAAAAGUGGUUCAUUAAUGUAUAAAACAUUUGAUGAUUUAUAUAUUCUUAAAACUUUACGUGAUUAUGAAGCACGUUUAUUAAUACAAAUUUUAUCUGGUUAUCAUUUACAAUUAACACAACGUUUAACAUUAUUUAAUCGUUAUGUUGGAUUAUAUUGUAUACGUUCACAAGGAUCAUUAUCAAAUAUUGAACUUUAUGUUGUUAUUAUGAUUAAUGUAUUUACACCAUCAUUAAAAAUUAAUGAAAUAUUUGAUUUAAAAGGUUCAAAAAUUAAAAGAAAAUUUAUUGGAAGUUUAUCUUCGGAAAAAUUUUAUAAAUUAAAAGAUAUGGAUUUUAGAGAUUUAUAUCCAAAUGGUAUACGUAUACCAACAAAUAUAUAUGAAAAAUUAAAAAUUAUUAUAGCUAAUGAUGCUAAAGUUUUAAAAAAACUUAAUAUAACAGAUUUUUCAUUAAUUCUUGGUAUAAGACAUUUAGAUAUGUCUGAAGAAGAAAUGAUGCAACGUCAACCAAUGGGAGGUAUUGCAGCUCUUCUUCAUUUAAAUGAUAGUCUUGGAUUUAUGUCAAUGGCAAAAUUUUUUCCAAAUAUUCGAUCAUUAAAUUCAAAAAAAGAUUUAACAUCUUUAUCAUAUUCAUAUUUAAAACCAUUAGAAAUUCUUCAAGAAAACAUUGAUAUGAAUUUAUAUUAUUAUAAUGAUUCUAUUGCUCGUGCAACUUUACCUAUUCCUGGUAUUAUAAAUAAAAGUAAUAAACGUGUUUAUAUAUAUUUAGCUAUUGUUGAUAUGCUUCAAACAUUUGAUAGUGUUAAAUUUAUUGAUCAAACACUUCGAAAAAUUACAGAUCCUGGUAGAUAUCUUGAAUAUUCUGUUAUUGAUCCAGAUGAUUAUGAAAAACGUAUUAAUGAAUUUUUAUUAAAACAUGUUUUUAUUGAUGCUAAAGAUGAUUUUCCAUGGGAUAUAACUAAUGUUAGUAAACCUGUUGCCCAUCUUAAUAAUAUACGUGUGAAAAAGAAGAAAUCUGAUGAAGAAAAAACUUCUAUUCGUACACGAUCUCAUUCACUUCAACGUGAAAUUUCAAAUACUAUUGUAGAAUUUCGUUUGUGA